GCUGCCUCAGCCAGAGAGCAUCAUUUCCCUACAUCUUCACCAAAACACGGCGGGACGACGGAAAAUCAGAAGCCAUGCAUCUAUCUUCUGCCCGAUUUGUGAUAGAAUAUCGUUACGCGUUACGUUAGCCGCUUGGCUAGCGUAAUGCUACACAACAUGAAGCUUUUCCCGUGAUGAUGAGGAGACAUAAUAGCCAGUGUUUGGACCCGAAAAGAAUAUAGUUAUCCUGAGCAGUGUCGAACUGGGCUGAGCCUCUUUCUUUUAGUGUUUUUUAUACAUUUGAUACAGCGUUUCUGCUAAUAAUCGCAUAUUGCGAGUUAUUUUAUUGUAAUAUUUUCUCUGCUGAUGCGAACAAAAUCAGUCGCGCUCCAACUGCGAAGAAGCACAGAUAGAAGUAUCCGCCUCACAACAUAAGGUGCCUGACACUUCCCAGGUUUAAGACUACUUUCUUUGGUGCCAUAAAAGAAAAAGACUUUCCAAUGGAAAUCUCAGCUGAUCCUUUACUUUACAUUAAUGAAUGUUUGUGCCACCAUUUCAAUCAUCUGUUAAUCAGAGACUCUAAGUGCUUGUUUUUGGACUGAGUGGACCAAAAUAUGGAAUAUCCUAAGGCUUCAGCCACAACUUGGCACAUAUGAUCACAAACAAGCUGGCUACACUGAUUUUAGCAACUGUCGGUGUAGCUGGUGGUGUGGCCCCCUUGUCCUCAUUGGUGACCCCAUGACCCCUGCUGAAGUCAGAUAGUUGCACCUCAGCAAAACCACAUGUCAUCAUCAAAGAUCUAACAGCAUCAGAUAUCACCCAUACAAGCAUGGAGAUGAGCGCAUGCCUGUAACCGCGCCGCGCCGGAGUUGUCGUGGUUGACGGUCAUCUCCCUCUGCCAUGACCCGGCUGAUGUUGGGCCGGACUCUGGAGCGCAUUUGCAAAGCCGUCCUGCUGCUCUGCCUGCUCCACUUCCUCAUCAUGAUGAUUCUGUACUUUGACGUAUAUUCGCAGCGCUUUGAUCUGUUCAGCCGCUUCAACAAUGGCCGGAACGGAUCCAGAAAUAACGUGAGUGGAGCAGGGAGUGGACAUCAUUAUUACUACUACAACCUCUCAAGGCCAAAUGCAACAUUAGCCAGCUACCUAGCCACAGGUGAACAGCUGGUGCCAAGUUUGCAGCCUGAGAACAAUCAGACACCCUCUCCCAAACCACUGCCGCCAUGUCCUGAGAACCCACCCGGCCUCGUGGGACGUUUGUUGAUCGAGUUCAGUUCCCAGAUGACGAUGGAACGAGUGCAAAAAGAAAACCCCAACGUCACAGAGGGAGGCCGAUACACCCCACCCGAUUGUCGACCAAGAUGGAAGGUUGCCAUCAUCAUCCCGUUUCGUCAUAGAGAAAAUCACCUGAAGUACUGGCUCCAUUACCUUCACCCUAUUCUUAGACGACAGAAGAUUGACUACGGCAUCUACAUCAUCAACCAGCUGGGUGAGGACACUUUUAAUCGUGCAAAGUUGUUGAAUGUUGGCUACACAGAAGCGCUGAAGGAUGCAGAGUAUGACUGCUUCAUCUUCAGCGACGUGGAUCUGAUUCCUAUGGAUGACCGCAACCUUUACCACUGUUACGACCAGCCGAGACACUUUGCAAUCGCCAUGGACAAGUUUGGCUUCAGGCUGCCCUAUGCAGGCUACUUCGGAGGAGUUUCAGGCCUCAGUAAAAAGCAGUUUCUGAAGAUCAAUGGCUUUCCAAACGAGUACUGGGGCUGGGGAGGGGAGGAUGACGACAUUUACAACAGGAUCACUCUGAAUGGGAUGAAGGUGUCCAGACCAGACGUGCGCAUCGGCCGCUACAGAAUGAUUAAGCACGAGAGAGACAAACACAACGAGCCCAACCCACAGAGAUUCAACAAAAUACAGAACACAAAGAACACAAUGAAGAAGGACGGCAUCAGCUCCCUGACCUAUAAACUGGUUCAGGUCAAGAAGUAUCCUCUGUACACAAACAUUUCUGUGGAGAUCGGCAAGCCACCGCCUCGGCCCUUCAAAGGCUAGUAGGAAAGAUGAAGAUGGGUGGAGCAACUGGUGUGGACGGGGGAGGAAGAUGUGAAAAAAGGAAGCAAGGAAGUAAAGACUAAAGGAAGAGAGAAAGUGUUUCCCAAGCAUUUUUAAUGGAUGUGUGAUUGAAGAUGAGAGGACACAACUCAUCACAGGCACAUCACAGUGUCUUUUCCUGCCUCUUUCCCCCUCUUCUUCAUCUUUUGAGAUUUCAGCUUGAUGUUUCUCUCUUUUAGGUUUCUAAGUCUUUCCACUUACAGCCUCUUUAAACAGCCAGUGGCAGGUAUCACAGUGUGUGACUUCACAAAGAGUAACCUGUGGACCAAAGUUGUGAUAUCAGCAGCUGACAGGUUGGUAUUCAGCUUGGGAGUUGUUGCAUUAACAAUCCUCUGUAAACUGGAGGGCAUCCAACGGCAUAUCAGCAGGAACUUUUAUUGUGGGAAAAGAUGAAACAUUAAGAUAAUUAUACACUUUGGCCUUUUCUAGAAAAGCUGCAAAGCACACAGAAGGAUUCCUAUACACUUCAGACUGAAGCUAUGGGAAAAAAACCACAUGAUGCAGCUGUUAGAUGGAAAAUUAAAUAUCAGAAAAAUAGCAAGCUUGUGGGUAACAAACCUUACAAAGGCCAUUAAAGCAUGACCGUCUGAGCAUUUAAAGUGACAUCAUUAGAGAACGGAUUGCAACUGGAAGCCAACUGUAACAUUAACAUGAAUCACAUGCAGUGAUGAUCUGUGGAACAGUAUCAGAGAUGUCCACUCAUUGUUUCAUGUGACACCAACCAGUGUCCUGUUGAAAUUUUCACCUGGGAGCCACCUGUCGGGAUCUCAUUACUCAAAUACUCUAUCAAUCAUUGAAUGUGUACUGUGCCUACAUCUACAGCAUAAGACUCAUGAACACGCAGACAGGGCGUCAGCAUUAACAAACACCUGAGGACUCUCUCUUUGAUCUUCGUUUUUUACAUUUAUGAACUCAAACUUUGGAAGCAGAAGAUGACUUACUGGAAGUUUUGCAGCAAAAGCAAAUACAUCAAGAUACAGAAAGUUUUCUUUUGUGUGCAGCGUGGUGGAAGUACCAUGGGAAGGCAUUUGAAAAUCAAAUUGGGGAAUUGAAAACAGCAGGUCUAAUGUAUACUGACAGCUGAGUUAUGAUUUGAAAUCCUUGUGGCACUUAAGUAGAUUCUGUUUCCAGUUAUUUUUACAUUUAUUGAAAUUUUUCUGCCCUUUCAAGGUACAAUAUCAUUUAAGCUGCAUUUAACAUUCUACAUUAAGCAUAUUUCAGCCACAUAAGAAAUGAAAAUAUCAAAACUGAGCUGUCGGGAUGGGCUUUAUAGUCAAAAAGCAUUGUGCAUAUAAAGCUACUCUUUACUCAUAUGAAGUGAACAAUAAUAUUUCUUCUGGUCUUUCUUUAAGCCUAAAGUUUGUUUUUUUUUGACUGAAAUAUAAAAAUAUCUUACAACUGUAUCAAUACUGUUAAUAUAGCACUUUCUCUCUGCUAUCUUUUUCUUUUUUCUUUUAGAAAAAAGAUUAUCAUAUUUGCAAGGAGUAGUCACAAAGUGAUGCUUUUCUGCUGGUGGAAAUCUCAAGGCAGCUGUGGGAUGAGACCUUUUCAGCAGUUUGAUUGAUGCCUCUAUUGUUGCUCAGAUGUUUAUCAUUAGCUUCCAUCAUUACAUAUUAAGGUAUAUUAUCACACGUUCAAAUCUUAUUAUCGUCUAAAAAUUAAUCUGUCAAUUCAUAUGUAAUAUUUUUGUUGCAAAACAAAUGCAACGCUCCCCUUUCCCAUCAGUAAAACAAAGAAUUAGUUUAUGAGUUCUUCCACUGACAUAUAAAAGCCUUUACAGCUUUACAGUUUUGUUUCUUCUUCCUUUGUUUUAACAUCCUUGCUUCUCCUGUUUUUUUGUUCACAAAUAAACAACAAACUGAUGCAUUGAGCAGUAAAUUUAGCUAAUUCAAAGGUUAUUCUUAAAGGGGCAAAAAGCAAAAUCGAAGGUGUGCUGGUGUGCAUAUCUGCCAGGCCGAUACAGCAUUACAGCAUACAUUUUGGUAUCGAUCCGAUACCAAGUAU